UCUGUGCUUAGUGUGGACGCUGUAUUCAGAAAGCCGGGGUGAAUGUGUGAAUGAUGCUGUUGUUUUCCGCCCCUCUGUGCUGUUCCCCCGUCUGACUGACAGAGCUGAUAAGUGCAGCACCAUCCCGGCAGCGGAGGAGAGGAGAGGAGAGGAGAGGAGAGGAGAGGAACAUGUCAGAAAGCUACAAUUUCUCUCUCCGGAGCUGCUGAGCUCACGGCGGAGGGAGGCCGGCUGUUAAUUCUGGAGUGAGCAGACAGUCAGUCGGCUGUUCCAAAGCGUCUGUGCUGUAAACAUUAGUUUGAGAGGAGGAGAUGAGUACAGGGGACAGAGCAGCCAGAGGAGCCGGGGGACAAGCACAUAUAUAACAGGUUAGAGUUAAGGCACUGGCAGAAGUGAGCCAGUUGGAGAACUCUCAUGGACCCAAGUGUGUGUGUCCUGGAGCUGCUUGGUGUGUCCCUCUCCCUGACAGCCUGGCUGGGUUCACUCACCACUACCCUGAUGUCCCGCUGGCUCACGCUGUCCACAGAACUCCUGCCAGCUGAGAGCUAUGAGCUGGGCCUGUGGGGGACGUGUGUGGUGCAGGAGCUGGGGAUACUGGAGUGCCGACCUUACGACAGCCUCCUGGGUCUGCCGCCAGACAUCCGCCUGGCCAGAAUCCUCAUGCUGGCCACACUGGUAACUGGAGUGAUGGGUCUGAUGUUGGCCAUCCCCGGGAUCUACGUGGUCAACAGCUGCAGAGGCACGGAUAGUCUUGUAGCCAAACGGACCCUUAAAAUGCUGGGUGGCACGAUGUGCUUGGCUGCAGGGAUUCUUGGCCUGGUGCCCGUCUCCUACGUGGCCCAUCUUACCGUUCUGAGGUUCUUUGACGAGUCCGUUCCUGACGUGGUCCCGCGCUGGGAGUUCGGGGAAGCCCUGUUCUGGGGCUGGGCAGCCUCCUUCCUGCACCUGGUGUCCGGAUCACUGCUGCUCACCUCCUGCUUCUGCCUGCAAGGGGAGCCAUGUCCUCUGCCAGGGUCCAUCCCACUACGAGGAACACGUGACAACCCUGAAACUUCUCCAGAAAGAAGGACAGAAUAUGUAUGAGGAUAAAAACAUGGAGAUUUGCAGAGAAUUUGAGUCCAGAUAAGCAGAUAUUCCGGAAUUUAAGACUAUUAUGCUUCUCUACUGGAUGAAAUGUAUUGAAAUGUAUUAAAUAUAAGGACAAUAUAUAUAUAUAUAUAUAUAUAUAUAUAUAUAUAUAUAUAUAUAUAUACAGCAGAAUAUGAGGGUAAAUGAUGUGAUGCUGCUUUUUUACCAUAUCUUUCCUUGAGGUAAUGAAAUUUUCACUGUGAAGAUUUUGUUCCAAAAUGGAGACGGGCUGUCACUAUCAAUUCUAUUAGUAAUCGCUUAAUCUGCUGAUUAAUUUUGAUGAUCAAUCGAAUCAUCUAAGAGCUUUUAUUUUUUAUUUUUAAUUAACUUAAAGGACAAGUCCAUCAUUUAAAAAAAUCUGAAUAAUUCAAUCAUUCAAAUGUAAACGACCACGAGUUAAGCCUGAACAGCGAGUCCAUCAGAUUGUUUUUUUUUUUUAGCUUUCUUGCUUUUUUGUUUGUAACAGUUAAUUAAUUUUACAUUAAUAUAAUAAAUACAGGAUCAUGUUACAAAUCAUUCACAGAGCAGUAAACAGAAUGUACUGUUAUACUGUAUUCAUGACUGGAUAUGCCACUAACAGGUUUCACAAACAGCUCUCUGUCUCUCUCUCUCUCUCUCUCUUUUAAAGUAUCACCUUAAAGACCCACCUGUUCUAGGAUCAGAUUUUUCUUUUUCUUUAAAUGUUCCAUGAUUAAUCUGUAAACUGUAUAUAAGCAUUUUUUUAUUGUAAUGUUUUUAAUUCAGAAUGAAAGCUCAAGUAGCUAUUUGUUUAAAUGAUAAAUAAGCUUUUUUUAUUUAUUACUUUUCCUUUUUUGUUUUUCUUCACUAGUACUGUAACUGUACUCGGCCAGUAAUGAGAAAAGGAGACAAUUUAAGAUUUACGAUCCAAAGACUGAUUUAGGUGCCGUGGUCUUUCUGUUGUUUAAAGGCCAGACAAACCUGAUAAAGAAUGUCAAACACAAAAAAAGUGAAAGUGUGUAAAAAUAAGCAAUAAUGUAGCAGAAGAAUGACAAAUGUACUAAUACACAGUAUACAAUUAUGUAUUUUACUGUUUUAUAAGAGAUGAGUUUCCCAAAAGCAUCCUAAAUACUGACUGACAAGUGUUGGGUCUUAAAUUGAAAACAACAAUGAUGCUUUUAGGAAACUGAGACUAGACCAGUAGAUUGUUUUGUGAUUUGAUUUUCUUCAUGUGCAAUAUAAUUUACAAUAAUCUCUAAAAAUCUUUAAAAAUCUUUAAAAAGUUUUAACUGAAAGAUUUUAAAGAAGAAGCAAAAACACAGAAACAAUGAUAAAAAAAAAAAAAAUCUUAUAGACCAUUAUUUUAUUCGCAGUAGUACAUAAAACACAUAUCACUGUUGAAAGUGAGACCUUUUACCAUUUCAUAGCAAAAAAGUUGGGACGAAGCAACAAAAGGCUGAAAAAGUUAGAGGUAGUAAACAUAAACUGCAAUAGGAGCAGUUCACAACAAACUCACAUGACUGGGUAUAAAAACAGCAUUUUAUCGAGGCAUUGUAAAUGUAAAGAAGAAGACAUAUGUCCACACUACCCAGAUACUCUGCGGUCUUCUCUGGGUCAAAACUUAUAAAAAAAACUGAAUUAACUGAAUGGAAAUGGAAAAAUGUUUUGAGGUCAGAUUAAUCAAAAUCUGAAUUUUUAAUGAGUUUAAUUAGUUUUUAAUAAGUUUUGACUCAGAGACAGCAGUCUUUACUGAUGGUGUUUAUGUAAAGCUUCUUCUGUGUAUGAUACAGCUUUAACCUGCACAAUGAUUUCUGGACAAUGAUGUCUUUCCAGUACAGUCAGUGUGGCCUGUUUUCUAAAUUUGUUCUGCAAUUUUCGACACAGUAUUUUGCAUUGUAAGCAACAUUUAGACACCCCUUUAAAUUUUUUUUUUUAUAUACAGUCAUCUAAGUGAGUUGCAAAAUGCUCCUAUCGCAGCUGUCUUUUCCUAUUGUACCACUUAUUGUCCAGCAUUUUGUUGCUCUGUCCGAACUUACAUUCUGUUUUUAUCUGUGUAAUUUAUUUAACUUUUACACAGUGUCCCAUUUUGUGCUAUUUGGAUUAAAUAUUAUAUUACCUUAUGUUUAUAAAUGGACCAAAGUUGUAAAUUUGACAUUUUGGAAAGUUUUGUUUUUGUGUGAAACACAAAUCUAUGCAUACUGUACAUUAGGCUUUGUUGUGGGAGUGAGAUUAUAUAUAUAUUAUGAUUAUAAGCUUUAUGGAUACUAUUGUAUAGUAUGAAAGCUCAUGUCAGAUGUUUAUGUAUAAAAUGCAGAUGGAUUGAAUGGAGGAAAUAAAAGGAGAGUUGUUCUCUGUUG